UCCUGGUCCGCUGAUCGAGCGCUCACUGCCCCGCCGCCUGCAUCCGAUCGUCACACGGAGGUGUCCCCCCCUGCUGCAUGCGUAACAUCUCUCCGAGUCCAGCCGUGGUGCUCGCCAAGACCUCGCCGCCCGGAUCUCCUCUUCCUACACGGAAUACGCACGACUCACACUGAGCGAACCGCUGGGGCGAAACCAGAACGCCAGGAUUUACCUCCUCGGGUUCAGUCCAGAGCGAAACGAGGCUGGGAUUUCCUCUUAUCAUUUGAUAUUUGACAGAUCCUCUGUUUUUUUUUUUUGGGUUUUUUUUGGUGUGUUUGUGUGUGUGUGUGCGCGCGCGCGCGUGUGUGUGUACGUGCGUGUGUGUGUGUGUGUGUGUGUGUUGGGUGGAGUCAACCCGGAAUUCUCCAAAUUGGAAAUCCAUUGGCACAUUUCAGGAGCACCAUGAAGGACGGUAUCGCCAACAACAGCACGGCCAGCAUCUCCCAAGCCAGGAAAGCCGUGGAGCAGCUGAAGAUGGAGGCCUGCAUGGACAGGAUAAAGGUAUCCAAAGCAGCUGCAGACCUGAUGGCGUACUGCGACGCCCACAUACGCGAGGACCCUCUCAUCGUGCCCGUCCCCGCCUCUGAGAACCCUUUCCGGGAGAAGAAGUUCUUCUGCACCAUCCUCUGAUGACCUGCCGGUAGAGCUGCACAGGCUCAGGCAUGGCGUCGCCUGGCUUCUCUGUCUUCACCUCCCCUGAAGCUACUGGCAAUAGGCGUUGCGUUGAGUUUUGCCAGGUGGACACUCUGUUGUUGGUCAGCUCUGUCCUGGUGGCUGAAGGUUUUAGGGGGAGUCAGCUACCAAACUGGCAACCCAGUGAGCGUAUUAUGUCUUGUUAAAUAGGUUUGUUAUUGCUUUGUUAUUAGAGAACAGCCUUGCUCAGUGCUUAAUGAGAUGAGAGAUGUUUUUUUUUCUUUUUUCUUUUCUCGUGCUAGAUCUUAACAUGCCUCAGGAAACAGAAAUUUGCCCAGUGUCUACGACUUUUUUUUAAACCAUCUAUUCCCUUUCCCUUUAUCUGAAUAAAAAACAUUAAUCUUUGUAUUAUCUUGAACACACUUUGAGUUAGCCUUUUCUUCCUUUCAGUGCACAGGUUUGACUAUUUGUAGCAACAUUUACUGACAGUACCACAUCAAUGUGACACUUCCCUUACUAGUGGCUUGUUUCAAUUUGCCUCCAGUCACCAACAAUUAGUACAGUCAGAUUCAGACUACAGCACAGAAAUAGAAACCCUAUGUCAGAUAGUAAAUAACUUGAGAUUGAGCAAACUGCACUCCGUUUAUUGAAAGAUGCAGAGCUAAUGUUUGAACGGCGAGACGAGUUCUUCAGGGUUAUCACUGUGCAAACAACUCUUCAGUCAAAAAUCUUUUAUGAUUCUGCCGCCUCCUUCCCAGGCCCGCUCUAAUGCAUUCUUCCUUUACUUCUCUGUUUGAUUUACUCUUCAUAAACUUCAUCCACUUGAAAUCAGAGACUAUCAGUUCAUCCUGCAGCCCCGUACUGGAAUAUUUUUUACAAGUUGCUGGAUAUCUUUUCCUCUUAUUUCCUUAAUGGUCUCAUUUGUUUGCUGGGCAUGUUUCCUGAGCCUGAUUCUUUUUGCCUGUCCUAGAGUGAAUGGCACGGCCUUUGACAUUAAUGCCAAACGUGAGGCCUGCAUGUUUUUCUGCUCCUUUUUGACAGCCUCCUGUGUUUCUGAGGGACUGUCGGUCUUUUAGAGUGUACAGUAUGUUACAGUGCCAAUUUCUGUGAGAGCAGUGUGCUCUUCACACUGUGGUCCCACAGCCUUUUUUCCGUUUUGUUUGUUCUGGAAGAAAAAGCACACUGUCGAAACAUUUCCUUUACAUGGUAGUUCAAAAGCAUUUGCUAAUUUUUACGAUGACUUGUUAUGAUUGUUAUUAAUAUUGUUAUUAUCAGUAGUAUUAUUGAAUAUUUGUUGCAUAGCACUGACAGCUACAUGACGUGUAGUGCUACUAGGCUUGUAUGAUACUUAGGAAAGAAAAGCAUUUAUAAAUCAUGCAAUUAUUGAUACUAUCUGAGUAUUUUUUAAAAAUAGUGGUAAGGGUCGGUUUACAUAAUAUGAUUCCCUCUGGUGGUUCAGGCUUUUUGCAUCAUCAUUUCUGUAAAAUUAAAGAAAUUUCCUCUCGGUACUUGAACAGCCAUCACAUUAGGAAUCAUACUCUGAUACCGGACUGUCACAAACACAAACUAUCGGACUCAAAUUGUUUUCAGGAUAAUUAUUGUUAUUAUUUCCUAUCUGAAAACCUGAGACUGACCUCAGGGCACUCUCACUGACCUCAUCUUAAGGAUGGUGCCAAAUCUGAAACAAGAAAUAUAACAGCUAGAGAUGAAUAUUGCAUGGAUUUAUUUCUAUCUAUAACAGAGAGAACUAUUAUGAAAUUAUAUAUUGCCUCUUCAUUGACUUUCUGGGUGCUACUCUGCACAUAAUAAUCUCAUUGGAGUCCGGAUAUGUCAACAAGGUGCAGCUGUAUUCAUGAAUGGUAUUAUCGUUUUGGGAAAAAAUAGCAUUUAAAUGACGGCUUUGUAAAUCCUUUGAAGGAUCCAAUGAAUUAAAGGAA